UGUUGUUGCAUUACAUCAUCUAACUGGCCAUUUAAUUUUAAUUUUAAAUCACCUUUAUACGCAAUGAAUCAUUAAAAAAAAGUCUUUGGUUAUAGAAUUUUGUAAUAAACUCCACUAUUAUCGAAAUAUAAAACACGUGCAAAAUGGAGUUUCUAAUCUAAACAACUUCAUUGUUAUGAACAAUCGAAUUGAUGGAGUAAUAAUAGUGAGGAACACGUGUUUAAUUGUCACAUUGCAUCUAUUGAUGUAAAACAUUUAUUUCAUUUAAAAGUAUUUAAUAAAUAAAGUAAUCAAAUAUAAGGUACUAAAUUUAGUUAUUUUCAUUGGAAAUAAAAUGGAGUACAUACAAAAUUUUGAUGAAACUACACAAGCAGUUGCCAGAGUGCUCUGUUGUCGGUGUGGAACCGUCAUAGAACCUAACCCUGCCAAUAUGUGUGUAGCAUGUUUACGAGCGGAAAUUGAUAUUACAGAAGGUAUUCCUAAACAAGCAACGAUACAUUUCUGUCGAGGAUGUGAAAGAUACCUUCAACCACCUAAUGAUUGGAUUCAUGCUGCUUUAGAGUCUCGGGAGCUCUUGACUUUAUGUUUGAAGAAAUUGAAAGGAUUGCAUCAAGUAAAACUCGUUGAUGCUGGAUUUGUUUGGACUGAACCACAUUCAAAAAGAAUUCGAGUAAAGUUGACAGUCCAUGCAGAAGUCAUGGGUGGAACAGUUCUCCAACAAGUUUUUGUCGUUGAAUUUAUUGUAAAUCAUCAAAUGUGCGAUGAUUGCCAUCGCAAUGAAGCUAAAGAUUACUGGCGUGCAUGUGUACAAGUGAGGCAAAAAGCAAUUAAUAAAAAAACAUUUUAUUAUUUGGAGCAACUUAUAUUGAAACACAAAGCUCAUGAACAAACUUUAGGAAUUAAACCUAUUCACGAGGGUUUGGAUUUCUAUUUUGCCACUGACGCUAAUGCAAGAAAAAUGGUAGACUUCAUCACGGCUGUAUUACCUUGUCGGUACCAGCAGUCACAGAAAUUGAUAUCUCAUGAUAUUCAUAGUAAUAUUUACAACUAUAAAGUUACAUUCAGUGUUGAAAUUGUACCAAUUUCGAAAGACAGUGUGGUAUGUCUUCCAAAGAAAUUGACUCAUCAACUAGGUGGAUUGAAUCCAAUUGCUCUUGUCUACAAAACUACCAGUGCUAUUCAUCUUAUCGAUGUAACUACUGGUCAACUUGCUGAAGUAAAUGCUACAACUUAUUGGCGAACACCAUUUAACAGCAUCUGUAAUCCUAAACAAUUAACCGAAUAUAUCGUAAUGGAUAUUGAACCAUUGAAGCCGAAUGAAAUAAAGGUAUUUCCAGGUCAAGGUACAAUUUCCCAUAAGCACACUAUCGCUGACGUGUGGUUAGUAAAAGCUUCCGAACUUGGCAUUAAUGAUAAUCCAAUUCACGCGCGUACACAUUUGGGCCACAUUUUGAAACCGGGUGACUCCGCAUUAGGAUAUGCUAUCGCAGAUAGUAAUAUCAAUGACCCUAAUUUCGAGAAAUUAAAUCAGGAAAACGUGAUUGAUAUUGUUUUGGUCAAGAAAUAUUAUGGAUAUGAUAAAGCUGCAAGGCGAAGGGUAAGAGUAUGGAAACUGAAACAUCUAGCAGAUGAAUCUAUGAGCAUGAAUACUGAAAACAAUGAGUACAAUGAAUUCUUGGAUGAGUUGGAAGAAAAUCCUGAAAUGCGACAGAAUAUAAAUAUAUUCCGAGAUCCAACUAAACAAAUUCCAGUAGAUACUAAUGAAGUAGAUCCAAACAUGCCACAAAUCAGUCUUGAGGAGAUGCUAGAUGAUCUUGUUAUUGAAGAUGAUGACAUGGCUGAGUGUCAUGAAUAAUUUAAUCAAUCUUUACAAAGCAUUUUCUAUAUUUUUUGAAUAAGUUUUAUCUUAUUUAAUUAUUUGAAUAAAUCAAACUUG